AUGUACCAAUAUGUCAUAAGAGGGAAUCAUGUGGUCAAAAGUGGUACCAGGUUGGUCCCAUGGUCAUUCGUGACAUACUCCAGUGAUUACUGUUGUGGUGUUGUUGAGGUGUAUCCUUGCCGUGUGGGUGAUGCCCAGAUAGAUGACGUGUUCGUCCACGGGAUGGGUAACAUGUUACUUGGUGACGUCGUUGGUGACAUGGUAAAGGUGACGGAACGGGGCCAAAGAAAGUUCCCACUUGCACUGGAUCACCACUGGAUAAUGCAAUGUGAGGAGGCACGGGAACUUGUUGAACGACUAAAAAAGGACUUUGACCGGGUGGACACAACGAGUGUGACCUUAGUAAAUUANUGA